AUGCGCACCAAUGCAAAAGACCUCUCAGAGGCACGUCAGCGCAAUCGCGCCGCGGUCGCGCGCCUGUUCGUCUCCACCUCUUAUCAUCCCCGUUCCUCCAGCGCACCAGGCCCUCCCACCUCCUCCGCGGCUGCCCCGAAUUCGAGAGGCGGGCCGAGUCGUGACGGCCGCCAGGGUCACCGCCUCACGGCGAAUCCCAAUAGCAACCCAGCGGGUAGUCGGGACCCCCGUCCGGCGUGGGAUUGUCGCGGGCUGCAUAAGUCCCACCCCCCGCCCCACAACGCCGACCCCCACCGCUCUUGUUUGGCCAUGCAACGCUUAAAACGAUCCCACGGGCUUUCCCGCCAGGAGGCCCCGGGGGAGGGCCCUUCUGCCGCUUCUUUGGCGUGGAUUCGACGGCACGAAAGGAGCAUCCCGCGCCGCCGAGCGGUGGAUCGCUAUGUCGAUCUCACUUCGGCUCAAGUAGGCACCUCGCUCCUGCUGCCGAACGACUACACCGCGAUGAGGCUCGCCGAGAGAUUUGCCGGGCGUUGGGCUUUAGAUAACCCCCACCACCAGGAACUUCUUCGCGGGGAGCCCGUGAUGACCCGGAUUAUGCAAGGGGAAUAUUACGCCCCCACGCGAGGCGGACGCGGACGCCAAAACGACCGCAGAAUCUGCCAAUCCAUGGGUAGGAGGAGAAGACUUUGA